AUGCCUAUCAAGCCCACCAUGCCUAUCAAGCCCACCAUGCCUAUCAAGCCCAUCAUGCCUAUCAAGCCCAUCAUGCCUAUCAAGCCCACCAUGCCUAUCAAGCCCACCAUGCCUAUCAAGCCCACCAUGCCUAUCAAGCCCAUCAUGCCUAUCAAGCCCACCAUGCCUAUCAAGCCCACCAUGCCUAUCAAGCCCACCAUGCCUAUCAAGCCCAUCAUGCCUAUCAAGCCCACCAUGCCUAUCAAGCCCACCAUGCCUAUCAAUCCCAUCAUGCCUAUCAAGCCCACCAUGCCUAUCAAGCCCACCAUGCCUAUCAAGCCCACCAUGCCUAUCAAGCCCAUCAUGCCUAUCAAACCCAUCAUGCCUAUCAAACCCACCAUGCCUAUCAAACCCAUCAUGCCUAUCAAACCCACCAUGCCUAUCAAACCCACCAUGCCUAUCAAGCCCAUUCCUUAUCAAGCGCAAGAGUCUGUCAAGAAAACAGAAGAGUUUGUCAAGAAAACAGAAGAGUCUGUCAAGAAAACAGAAGAGUCUGUCAAGAAAACAGAAGAGUUUGUCAAGAAAACAGAAGAGUCUGUCAAGAAAACAGAAGAGUUUGUCAAGAAAACAGAAGAGUCUGUCAAGAAAACAGAAGAGUUUGUCAAGAAAACAGAAGAGUUUGUCAAGAAAACAGAAGAGUUUGUCAAGAAAACAGAAGAAAAAGAGUUUGUCAAGAAAACAGAAGAGUCUGUCAAGAAAAGAGAAGAGUUUGUCAAGAAAAGAGAAGAGUCUGUCAAGAAAAGAGAAGAGUUUGUCAAGAAAACAGAAGAGUUUGUCAAGAAAAGAGUUUGUCAAGAAAAGAAAAGAGUCUGUCAAGAAAAGAAAAAAGUUUGUCAAGAAAAGAGAAGAUUCUGUCAAGAAAAGAGAAGAGUCUGUCAAGAAAAGAGAAGAGUUUGUCAAGAGAAGAGUCUGUCAAGAAAACAGAAGAGUCUGUCAAGAAAAGAGUUUGUCAAGAAAAGAGAAGAAUUCGCCAGGAAAAUAGAAGAGUUUGCCAAGAAAAGAGAAUUGAUUGUCAUGAAAAGAGAAUUGUUUGUCAUGAAAGGAGAAGGGAACUGUCAGUAUGUUGAACUAGACAUUGAGAAAGCUGCUAACAGAAGUGUUGAACUAGACAUUGAGAAAGCUGCUAACAGAAGUGUUGAACUAGACAUUGAGAAAGCUGCUAACAGAAGUGUUGAACUAGACGUUGAGAAAGCUGCUAACAGAAGUGUUGAACUAGACAUUGAGAAAGCUGCUAACAGAAGUGUUGAACUAGACAUUGAGAAAGCUGCUAACAGAAGAGUAGAACUAGACAUUGAGAAAGCUGCUAACAGAAGUGUAGAACUAGACAUUGAGAAAGCUGCUAACAGAAGUGUUGAACUAGACAUUGAGAAAGCUGCUAACAGAAGUGUUGAACUAGACAUUGUUUAA